AUGAGUUUUUCGGGCUCGAAGAAUUCAAGAGAACAUUCACUCUCGCCUGUUUCAAACGCUGAUUCAAGCACAGACUCAUACCAUGGAUCCCUGCCUGACGACCAACAGAAGAACAUUGCCUCGGCGUCCAUAGGUGAGUCUUAUUCUAUGGCCAUGCAGGUCAUGGUGACGGGAGCAAUGUCUAUUGAAGAACAGCUGGCCCAUAUGAGCGAAGCGGUCAAGAAACUGUCGAAUAUGGUUGAAGAGAAGGAUGCGCAGAUUGUUUCUCUCAUCAACAAGUGGGAAGCGCAUCAGGAUAAGGAGCCUGGUCAAGACGCACACAAGAAAGGACCACAUCAUGAGGCUGAAUCUAGCGAAAAAGGAUUGGGUCAUGAAACAGAGUCGGGUGAGAAGCCGCACGGAAAAGUUGAAGCCGCCUCGGUGGGUUCUUUGUUAGUCCAACAACUUCAGGACAUGAUCGCGAACACUAUCAGGGCUCAAUAUGGUAGGCAUUCUCAAGAUACAUUUAUCUAUUCCAAAUCUUACACCAAAAGGUUAGACAACCUUCGAAUGCCAAUGAGUUAUCAACCUCCAAAGUUCAUGCAGUUUGAUGGAAAAGGUAACCCUAAACAACAUGUUGCCCACUUCAUCGAGAUGUGCAACAGCGCUGGCACUAAUGACGAUUAUCUCGUGAAGCAAUUUGUCCGCUCACUCCGAGGCACUACAUUCAACUGGUACAUUGACUUGGAACCCGAGUCAAUUGACAGCUGGGAACAAAUGGAGAGAGAAUUCCUCAACUGCUUCUAUAGUACUUGUCGUUCAGUUAGCAUGCUAGAGCUCACUAGCACAAAGCAAUGA